GUCCAAGGAAAAGAGAGAGGGAAGAAUCGACUCACCGGGAUGAGAGGGCGUACUAGUCUGUUAACCCUCCAAAACGUCAUUGAUUGAUGAAGCGCUAGACUGAAAUUUUAUCAAAAACUAAUCCUAAUGUUCAUUUUUACAGUUCAGAAUUCAUUAGGGACCGACAGAGGUAUUGACAAAUUGGAUCCCUUUGACAUUGGUUUUCUUCUAGUAUUUUUUCCAGGCACCAGUGUAACUAGGCCGGCAUUCUUCAAUCUUACGUAACAGUUUUACAAUACAACACACCAAAAAUCCACUCUAUUGUGAGGAGAAAAUCAUUCCCUCUUAAUUUUCAGACACUUCAACCGCCACGGAUCGAUGACGUAUAUACUUAGAAUAGAAUCAGCGAAAAAACUGUCAAGUCAUUUUAAAAAAUGUAAAAUCAUUCAUCUAAUGACGAGGUGAAUGAAACCUCUGACAGAACGGGAUGAUGUAGUUGGAGACGUAUAAAAGAGUUGCUGUCAAAAUUUCGUGGCCUCAGUAGAUAGUGGUAAAUAGUUAGUGCAGGUGCAAACUACUAUAUUGGCAGCAGCAAAAAAUGCAGCAUGUGAUAUGUCAUUAAUCACGUGGGUUGACAAAGAGGAGGGCUAAUUUCUUAUGCCACGAAUCAAAGUAUUGCAAAGUGUAACUCUGACUGGACUGAUCUGGAGACCCAUGUUCUCAACCCUGUGUCAAAAAACGUGUAUUGAUAGAAGUUAGCUUAUUUUUUUUUUUACCAAUAAUGGCAGUCUCCACUGUCAAAAAUGAACCUAAUUCUGACUCGGGAGAAUAUGACGAUGUUAAGAACGAAGACAUAGAAAUUGUUACAAAUUGGAAAAUUGUAAAUGACAGAUUACUCCAUAAUACUAUUUCUACAUCUGACAUUGAUACUUCACCUAAAAGGGCAAAUCUUGAGGAUGUUGUAUCCUUGGAAACGUGCAUCAGACUGGAGGGAGAAACCAAUGAAAAAAAAGAACCGUGCACCAUUGAUAUCAAGCUAAAGAAUGGACAGAAAAUUGCAAGAAUUGCCAUUGUAUCAGAAGCAUCUCUUAUUGAAUUUUAUAAACAGUUUGGGGAGUAUGUUAGUACUUCACAUCCAGAAUUCAUUGACGAGUUUGAAAAUAGCGCUGUGUACUUUGCUGACAUAUCUUUCAUACCUCCCACACCUGAAGUGGGUAUCAAGUUUGCCAGGCUGAAAAGUCCAGGAUCAGCUAUGUGGUUGUAUGGAAUAAGACUGUGUCUUGCUCAACCAACACCAAUAAAUAAGAGGGAACCGUUUGAUUAUCAUGCGAUAGGAGAGAUGCUACAAAGUAGAACUAGGCCAAUAGAAAAACCAUCAAACUGGGCAAAAGAGAUUAUGGAAAAAGCUGUACCUUCAGGAGAUUGUGAGAAACCAGUUUUGGACUCAUUCCUUCAAAACUUUGUGUCUAUGAAUAUAGACUCGACAAAACAAAAACAUUUAUCAACUAGGAGAGACCAUGAAAAAACUCGAAGCGAUGAUUGUGAUAAUAUUGGGGAUUCUAAGGAUCUUCAUAGGUCUGAUUUCAAGAACUACAUCGAUAAUAGAUUGACGGACAUGGAGAAACGAUUGACCCAAAAGAUAGAUGCGAUAAGUUUUAAAACCAACGAAAAACUGGACAAUAUUAUUAGAUUACUUAACAAUAAAUAAUACUUAAUAUAACACACCAAUCCACCAUUUUGGCAAAUGUUAAUAAUAAUUAUCUUCUCCGUUGUAUUUUGACUCAAAUAGUUUUUAGAGUCUUAGACCUCAUAAUUACACAUAUUUAUCAUGUACGUAUUGUAAAAUUUAAGUAUAUGCACUAGGAAAAACUUUUUUUUACACGAAAAUAUGAAAAUAAAUGAGUUUUUACGCAUAAGAAAACAAA